AUGGGAUUUUUGAGUGGUAUUCUCAGUAACAUCCAAGGCCAUUUAGGGCAGCAUAAAAAUACUUUAGACAUUGCAAUUAACAGUCUUAAGCAAAAUAAACACCUUGGUAAAAACGGUUUUAAUAUUGCGAUUGGAGAGGUGGUUAAAGGGGUGCGGGGGUAUAAUGAGAGAGUGAAGGAGAGUAACGACAAAGUCAGUAAGCCAAUAAAAAAACUACAAGCAGAUCUCAACAAAAAAUUCGAUGAGAAAGCAUCUGCUAUCUUGCCUAAACAGCAUGAAAAUGCUCCGACUGAAAUUGGCCAUGCUGUGUCUAGAGCCGUCUCACUAGUGGACGAAUGUAAGAGUUUUGCCCGAGUGUUUUUCUCCAAUAUGAGGAAAGCAGAAGAAGAUUUUAAAGCCAUUAGUUAUCUAAAUGAUGAAUGUAAGAACAAUGUAAACAACGCACGUGAUAAUAUUUUUCACGAGGCUGAAAUGUUAAAUAGAUGGUCAUCCAAGGGAAAGGAGUGGAAGGAUUUCAAAACCGUAGAGAGUUUAAUUCAAUCGACGCUCACUAGUCUUGGAAACUGCGUUAAUACCGAUAUCACAGAAAAAAUAACGGCGUUCGUCAAUGAGCUGAUGAACAAAAUUUCGGCCAUUUUGAAAGAACUUCAACGCAUUGACAAGCAACUGUGGGAGAGUGUUCUGUCGCUUGAAGAUUGGAUAAAGCGUACGAAAAGUGACAUUACGUUCCUGCAGAAAGAUGUAGCCAAGAUAUUAGAGGAGGUUAAAUGGGGUGAUAGAGGUGAAAAAUCAGCAAAUCGGCAGAAUUUGGAAGCCGCCGCCAUGACGCUGAGAGGCAAGGCAGAGGAGUUGUACCAGGCUGGUAAGGCGGCGAAAGAGAAAGUUCAGGAGACUGCCAGAAAAGCGCUUGCGCAGGUGAAAUCCAUGGACGAGGCGAUUAAAGGGGAUUUGUAUAAGGUGAAGGAUGCUGUUAAUAAGCAGGUGGCGGGGAUUAAGGAUGCGAUUGGGAAGUUGUAUGGAGUAGUUACGACAGGUAAUUCCGAGAGUGGAAGGCGAAAUGAGAGUAUUGCAGAUGUCAUUAAGCAUGUUAAAAUCCAAGCCAUUAGCAUUAAGGGUACCAAUAAUGGCAGAGCAGGAGGUCUUGCGGCCGCUGAAAAAAAAACUGAGGAUUACGUUGGAAUGUAUGGCACACCGGAAUCCUUCGAAAACACAGUGAAAGGUUGGAUGGAUGAUGUUUUGGGGCGGGAGGCAAAAAGCCUUAACGAAAAAGGAUUACUCGAAGAGCAAAUAAAGGGUUACGUAAACACGUACAUCACAGAUAAGAACAACAUCGAUAAAUUACAGGCAAGUAAAGGCAAUGUAAAUGCGAUAGUUAAAGCCAUAAAAGAGAAGGUUAUGUAUACCCUAAAGCAAAGUAAUUUUAUCAAACAAGCCAGUGAAACUGUUAACAACGCAAGCAAAAGCAACAUGAAAGAGAGAAUUGAAGCUGUCAUAAAAGGUAUAAAUAAUUUCGUAACGGCGCUUGGUACAAAACUAGCAAAGGACGCAAUGACAAGCUUUGUAGAUGAAAUACUCACUCUUGUUGAGCAUGAUAUAGUAAACAGUGGCGAGGAAGGUAAAACAUACAAAGACAUAUUACGAGGUACGGUAUCCAUCGUCGUGAUUGCACUAGCAUCCAAAGCCAGUCAGGCCUCUAAAGAGAUUGAGACAUUCGCUCUCGGGCAAUAUCCCAAUCUCGCAGCCACGGUGCAGGGGGCUUACAAUACAGCGAGCGACCUUCACACUAAGCUUGAGACGGCGAUUAGUAAAUCUGGCACCAACUACGCCGCCGCCGUCGACGCCGCGAUUGACGGGGUUACUAGGACGCUUGAGGAGAAGUUGCCGAAAGGGACUGGUAGCACAGCCACGCUCGAGACGGAAACGACGUUCAACCAAUACAAUGAAUUUGUCAUACAAGAAUCGGGUCCCAUUAAAAACGGCACUGACUUAACUGGCACCGAUUCUGAAGGCCACCUCCCCGCGGCGAUCGGUGCGAUAAAGACAGAAGUGGAGAAGGCUUUGGAACAGGUUCAGAAAAUCAAUGAGGAAGCCGAAAAGCAACUACAAGAAGUAAACGAAGAAACACAUCGUUUGUGUAAUUCGGUAAGACGCGCCGGUAGAGAUGUUAAUAGAGGCUUGAACGAUCUAAUUGAUGGGAAAAUCGAAGAACAACUCAGCAAAAUCAAAGAACAAAUCAAGGCUCUGCAUAACACGAUAGAGACCGUUGUUGCAGUGGACACCAAAAAGCUACUAACCUAUGCAGAAAAUGCAGGCAACCAAAUUUUGACACAACUUACUAAACAUGUGAACGACGUAAUUAAGCAAGCUACCGACAAGCUAACAACCACCCUGCGGAAAAACUAUGUCACGUCGGCAAGAGAUGCCCUGACGACCUUCAGCGCUAAAAUUCAUCAUGAGUUGGAAAAGCUACCUGCGGCAAUAGAUCGUGAUUUGACAAUGGGAUUUAAAGGCUUCAUGAAAGCUGUCGAGGGUGAAGUUACGGAAGGUAAAACCACCGGCCAAAAUAUUAAGAAGCUUAGCAGUCUGGCAGCCGACCCCGUUGAUUCGGCGGAGAAAACAGCAUUCGAAAAUCUGUCGAAAGCAUUCAAACACUUCUGGUCACCACUCGCAUCCUAUGUCAACAAAGAGAUAGUCAGACUUAACGAAGAGGAAAACGACAAGAAGCAUCCCGUUGUCAAGGAUGUCUAUGACUAUCACGGACAGCUCAUUGCAAUUUACGACGCAUUUAAUGAAGCGCUUACCCACAUUCAUAGAACACAUAGAUAUGACCACACCCUGCCCGAGCUGCUUGACAACGUUGACGCUGCCCUCAGCAACCUCAAACCUGACGGCUUUGCCAAGCCGAGCAGCCCGGCCAUCGAUGGUCUCAUUGCGGGACUUACUCACUUCAUCGGUGAACUUCGUAGGGUGUACAUCUCAUCAUAUGAUAGUGUAACGUUUGGCGGUGAGCUGGUGAAAAAUUCGCAGAGUGAAAAAACUGAGUUAACCAAGGAAGGCCGAAACGUCGCCAAAGCCUUCCUGACUAUACUGGCGACACUGUUCCACGACCUCGACCGGUUGAGAGGCGAAUGUAGAAGUUUGAGUAAACAGAAAAUCAACCAAUCCACUGACCUCGGAAGAACUAUGAGAGAUCUUGGUUACAGCGUUUCUGUAGAUAAGCAGGACGGUGAAUUGCAGAAUAAGGAGACAGUGCUCGGUGAGAACGUAUAUAAAAGAAUAUUGUGGCCGAUAAAGGAGGCAGAUGGAAAUGAGCAUCUUGAGGGAUGUGAAUCGAGAAAUCACGACAGAAAUGAUAAGUUCCACCUUUUAGACAUUCUUAACUGUAUCUGCAGUCACGUGGAAGAGUACAAUCAGGUCAGCCACUGCGCAACCUUCGCCGCUAAAAGACAGCCAUGUAGUGUGUUUGAAAUGCUUAUAUGGUUUGCUGGACUGCCGUACAACAACGCAUAUGCUGAGUUGAAGUCCGACGGUUUCACUGACCUCCUGGAUAACCCUGCCAAACCGCUCACCGAUGAUGACGACAUCAUCGUAUACGACAUGGAUUCGUUCUUCAUCGAUGCGUGUCCCAGAAAGUUCACAUAUAAGAAUAUCAGGACCGUGCUACACCACAUCUGUACCAAAUCCUACGACAUCCUAUGUGCUAUCGGAGGCCACGGCGACGCAGGCACCAUUUAUGGUAUUGACUUCUGUAACAACUCCUUCGGUCUGAAAUACCCCCAAAGCGGCGCCGAUUGUCUGCAGAUGUUCUUAGAUGUUCUUCGUAGAAUCUUACCGCCGCUUAGGUACUUAUUCAAGCGAUGCGGUGUAAAGGCAGACCAAUUCGGGUGGAGUGACUGCCUAUACGGUAGGGAUAUAGCCACAGGCAAAUCGCAAUGUACCGAGCAUUCUAGCGAUCAACCAAAGUGCCAACCUACGUCUCCGCUAAUGAGCUACUUAAAUGACUGCCUGCCAGGGCAUUUACCACAUCAGGUAAGCGCUAUUGGCUGCAAGGCUGAAUGUAAAACAUGCCCGACCUCUAAGCCAGGAAUGCCGUGCUUGACACCGCUUGGCUUUAGAGGGUUUUCGGGAUCGACGCGUAAAGGUUGGGAUUUGUAUGAAACCCUAAGUUAUUUCUUCGGCACCAAUCUAAUUUCAUCGCUGCUAUGCGUCGUUACGAAACCGCCGUCUACGUUGCCUGAACACUUCGGUUUUGCUUUGUCACUUGUUAAGAAGUGGCAUGAAUCUGGUACGCAUCUGAUUAAGGACGCAUUCCAUUCGUCCACUCUCAGCAGAUCCAUCGGCCUGUAUGAUCAGACUGCCACACUGACGGACGCACUUCGUAAUGCGUAUGGUAGCACUCAGAAUGGUCAUCCAAAUCGUGAAGUCAAACGUGCUGACUUGUCAAGUUUGUCAACGUCGACAGCAAGUGCGGAGCAAACGGCUUACACCGCUCCAUACCUUCAUUCACUAUGCUACGAUGCCUACUACUACGUAGCCAAGAAGCACGUGAAUGCGUACCUAUCGUGGGCUCUAUAUCUGCCAUGGGAUUUCCACAAAUAUCUUGAAAAUUUACAUGACGCAUUGAAAAAUAUUUUCUGCCGUGAUUGGGGAUGCAGCACGUGCCUCCGUGCUGACAAAUGUAAACGAGGCGAACACGGUCUGAUUGAGGGGGCUUGCAAAUGCUCCUCCGUCGUCAGCUGCAAAGGCAUUUUGCCUACGCUGUAUAAAUACGGCUUCGUUUUCGAAGACGCCAAGAGUUUGACCGCAUCAGAAAAAACAUGUUUCGCAUUUAUACAGCAAGUCCAAAACGUCAUUAGGUCAACAUACUUCACGGAGUUGUUCGACAGGUGCGACGACUUCCUCUUCAGCAUCAGGCAGCCGUUUAUAUGGCUUAACGUCGCACUCUGGUCGCUGUCCCUCUUCUACCUCAUCUGCGUCAUGGUUGGCAGACUGGAUGUGCUCCACAUCCGCUCACACCUGAGAUCACCAUCAUCGCACAAGAUAACGGCGCAGUCAUUGUUGGCGGCGGCGCAAGUCGGAAGGCUUGCCAAGAUAUCGUAUCUACAACCGUAA